AUGGCCCUCCAUGUAUAUAAAGAUGACCUGUGCCGUCACAACGUAGAUGUCAUUGUUAAUGCAGCCAAUGAAGAUCUGAAACAUAAUGGGGGUGUGGCAAAAGCUAUUCUGGAUGCAGCAGGACGUAAACUCCAAGAUGACUGCGAUCAGAUUAUCAGGACAUAUGGCAGAUUGUCCACUGGAGAUUCAGUAAUUACUGACGCAGGGAAAUUGCCGUGCAAACAAAUAAUACAUACUGUGGGUCCCCGAUGGGACACAAAUUCACAAUCCAGAUGUGAAUGGCUUCUACGGAGGGCAAUUACCACCAGUUUACAGCUGGCCUCCGAGAAGAGUCACAGUUCAAUAGCGAUUCCUGCCGUCAGUUCUGGUAUUUUUGGAUUUCCCUUAAAUUUAUGUGUUGAAAACAUAGUGGAAGCUAUACGGGACUACGUAGAGACGCCGGGACAACAGAGCACUUUACAGAGAAUCCAUCUUGUGGACAUAAAUGAUGAAACUGUCAAUGCUUUCUGCAAGGUUACAAAGGCCAAAUUUGGUAACCAAAGGCGCGCUGUGCCAUCUACAGCAAUGGCACCCCAGCCGGUCACAAGAGCGGCACAGAACCCACCAGCACCGGUGAAUAGAGGUAAUGACAACACUGUGGUGACCAAGGAAGGACUGAAGAUCAAGCUGCUUCAGAAGAACAUUGAGGACUGUUCGGUAUGUAGAUUCACCAGCAUUUCCUGCUAA